AUGAGCCCCGAACGAGAAACACAAGAGUCGGAGGACAUGUUGGAGUCCAUUGACGAGCUCAAGGAGCGGCUGACUUCGAUGAAGAAGAUGAUGGAGGAACGAAAGGCCACCGGAUCCGGCACCAAGGACCUGUUUCAAGGCCACGCGAGGAGCCUCCAAGGGACCACCAUGAUCGAUGGAAACUUCCUCAGCUUUGUGUUCGGUGGCUCCCUCUUCGUGAUCCUCAGCGUGUCUGUCUACGCGUUCUACAACCUCUAUCACGCCGUUUUAAAGAAGUUCCCAUCGAGCCACACGGAAUUG